AUGUUGUGGCCCAAGUUAGUUUGUUUCGCACUGGUCGCCCUCGCCUUUGGCCACCUCUACCAGGUGGCCAGCGAGGAAACCAUCGCCGUCUGCCCCACCAACUUCAGCCAGGUGGCGGACAAGUGCCUCCUGGUGGACACCAAGUGGAGGAACUUUUACGAGUCGGAUCGCCACUGUCGAUCCCUCAACGCCGGACUCCUGAGCCUGAAGAACUCCAUUGAGCUGAAUGCCAUCAACGAGUGGCUGCCGGUCAUUGCACCCUACCAACCGGAGUUCUGGACAGCCGGCAACAAGCUGGGUGAGAGAGGAGUAGACUACUACUGGCAGAGCACCGGCGAAAAGGCCGUAUACCUUCCCUGGAGAGCGGGACAGCCCACUCCCGCCAGCGGAGACUGCCUCACCUUGCUGGCCAACGUCACCAUGACCGCGGAAUCAACCAUUCUGAGUCCCCACCGACUGGCCGUGAGGAACUGCACCCAAUGGGCACCCCUCAUCUGCCAGGCUCCGCUGCAAUAUUUCAAAACCCAGCUAUGUCUCAACACUUCUGCUUUCUUUGAGGCCAAGAUACCCGCUUAGGUCAAGGGCCAUAAUUCUUAGCUGUUGUUUAAGGUGCUGCUUACAAUAAAUAUAUAUAGAUCACUUCCAAAAAUUAUAACAUACAUAUAUGAGAGAAAAUUAUUACUAAAA